UGCUCGCUCGACAGUUGCGGCCUCACCUGUCAGAUGACUCUAUGGUCGGUAACUUCUUUCGCGCCAAACCAAAAAGCACGGUACUGCCGAGCUUCAGAUAUUCUGACGGUGUUGCUGUUGCUCGCACCUUUUCCGUGUCGGCAAUGCGCGCGCAAGUACCAGUCGUCUAGUUCCUCCACGACGGUGGUUUGCUACAGGGGCCGUCUGCUGAUACGUGUUCGCUGAGGUCACUGCAACAGACUUCGAUUCCCGAAGGCAAAAUUCCCGCUCGACUUCCUCGCCGUCCAGUCCUUCAAAUGUUGAAAACGAGAUGCAAGGCCGCCAGCUUCUGGGCAGUCCCUUGGGUCGCUGCGCCUUGAUGCAACUGCUCGGGGGCCUGCGCCAUACUCGCGGUAACUGCCGCUGCUGCGUUUGGAAGGUUGGCAUCAUCCCUUGCGAUCGUGCUGUACCGCUCGGCAGCGACCUCAAAGAAGGGCGCCUGCUCGUUUCGCUUGUGUCUCAAAAUACGAUCGAAGACUGCAACUCGAGGCUGGAGCGGGCCCCGAAGAGGGUAAAUCUUAUCGGAUUGGUCCUACCAGCACGGCUCGGCUCGACUCAGAGGAGCGAGUGACGCAUUGCAAGUAAUCAUGGAUGUGAUAAACGUGGCUCAGAGCAUCUGGAGCCUAGCGAAAUCUGUUGCCUAUUACCUUACAGGGCUCGAAAAGGCGACAGUCUCCGGAAGAUAUCACGACCUGUAAUCACCAUUGAUUGCAAUGUACUCCU